AUGAAGCUCUUCCUUCGAACGAACCCACCUCGCUCGCUCGACUGGCUGGGGAUGGUCGGUCCGAGGCUGAGAACGGCUGCUCAGAGCGUGACUUGCGAAUGCUGGCGCUACUACGGAACUGGCUCGUCGUCCUCCUCGCCGUACCCCAUCGCUUCGACUUCGAGGACGACUCUCGAUGACCCGCUACCGACUUGGCAGGACCUGGUUGGGGUUAAUUCGAGCGAGAGUACUCGGUCGGACACUGCAGAAAGGCGGCGGGACUACCCGCUGAGUCGGCGCGCAACAAGUCGACCCCCUCUCCUCCCUCCCUCCGCUCCCUCCUCCGACCCGAACGCACGAGACACAGACCGAAUCGAGCUAAUCCCACCCGACGCCCCAACCCGCCCGUUCCUGCGCGACAAGUCCCAGAUAUCGCCCUACCUCCCCCUCGUAACUCUCGAGCGAAACCACCUCCUCUCCGAACUGCGCAAGGCGCUGUUCCCCUCCUCCGUCUAUCGAGCGAGAAGGAGGGAGGGUGUGGGCAAGGCGAGACCGGAUUCGGUUUGGGUUGCGCUUGCGAGGGUGCUGAGGUACCCGACUGAUUUGCCGAGGCUGCCAAAGUCCGAGUAUCCUACUUCGACGAGGGCGAGGAGGAGGGAUGAGGGUGAGGAGGUUCUACAGCGCGUGGAGGGGGAGGGGAAGGGCGAGGCAGGCGGAGAGGGGUUCUUCACCUCCUCCCAUCCUGGCGCGGACGGACAUGCAGAACCUGCGUUACAAGGCGCGCCGCACGAGAUCCACCGCGACAAGAUCGUCCUCUCACUCGCCGAGCUCCGCCGCGCAUUCAGUAUCUUCGCCUCUGCCCGCCCUCGAUCCGUCACCGGCCUACACAGGCUCCUCGUCGUCGCCGAACUCAUCGCUCAACAAUCCAUGACGAGCACCGCUGCGCACCCAAUCUCGAUGGCUGGGUUGAGCGACGACUUGCAUCGGUUGACGGGUGGAGGGGCGGGACUGCGUGGGAAGGAUUGGACGUCGCUUGUGUUGUUCGUUGGAGCGAGUAUGCGGACGCCCAAGGCGGAGCAGGAUGUUGGAGGGGCGAUGGCGCUCUUCUCGCAGUGGCUCGAGACGAGGCAAUUCGAGCGCCAGCAGCCGACCUCGGCAUCCGACUCGUCCUCCUCUUCCGCUCGCCUCACCCAUCGCGACCGCAAAACCGGCUUACGCGACCGUUCCGCCGAACAACGUCUCUACAACGCGCUCCUCUUCGUCGUCGGCCGCGCAAAGAUGUGGGACUUGUUCGACCAGGUCUUGCGGAGGAUGAAGGACGAGGGGUUCGGAGGCGACUGCGCGACCAUCGUCGAGCUCAUCAAGCGCGAGGAUAAGCGUGCUGGACCGCUGCUUAAUGCGUGGAGGUACUUUGAGCAGGCGGUCGCGACGCCGAUGUAUGAGGAGGGAAGGGAACACGAGGUCGAGGCGGUGUGGGCGGCGAUGGUGUGGGUCUAUGCGAAGCAGGGGAGGUCUGAAGAGGCGAUGAGGAUGUACGAGGCGAUGUGCGCGAGGGCGACGGUCGACCUCGACGAGUUGCGCCCGUCGUCGCCGGCUGCGUACGACCGCGACUGGCUCAAGCAGGGGUUCGCUUCUUCGGCGACGGACACGGCGAAGGUACCCUUGUCGUCGGCUUCGACUGGCAUCAUUGUGCACGCCCCGCCCGUCAACGACCGUGUCUACACCUCGCUCCUCCAAGCCUUCGCCUUCCGAGGCGAGCUCCGCUCCGCCCUCCGCAUCCUCCGACACAUCUCCGAGUCGACCGACCCCGCGAUCCAGCCCGCCAUCCACCACUUCUCUCCCAUCUUCCAGGCGUUCGCGAAUCACGGCGGCGGACUCUACGGGAACCCAGCGGCGAGCGUGAACGAGACGCUCAUCAAAGGGACGAGGGUGAGCCAGUACGCUCUCAAGCGGGACGCGUCGCCCCUCGCGGCUUUGACGCAGCAGGCUGCGGCCAAAGCGGUUCGAGGGCAGCGAGGAGCGGCGGCGAGUCCUCCCGAAGACCCCUUCACGCUCGACAACCUCGCAACCAUCUUCCAGUCCUUCCUCUCGAUCUCGGCGCCGCCCUCAACCGCACACCCUUCCCUCCCCUACCUCGGCGCCCGUACCGCCCCUACCGCCCGCCAAAUCUUCUGGAUCCUCUUCGCCUUCGACAAGCUCUCGCAGGGAGACUCGGAGCUAGUCCUGGAGGUGUGGGACGAAUUGGUGCGCAAGUUUGCGGAGGAGGAGGGGAGGAGGAAGGGGUGGACCGGGUGGUACAUGGAUAAUCGGGUCGCGAGGCUCGUGAGGACGCAUGAGCAGCGUGCGGCGGAGAGGUUGGAGAGGCUCAAGGCGUUGGAGUAG